CUGUCCAUGAGGAGGUUUGUUGCAUAAAAUUAUGCGAAAAUUUCUGUAAAUAGGCUUCCUUCUUCUUCCAGACUUCUUCACAGUUCACACUCCCAAUCUUGUUUUACUAACUGUAUUUAUUUAUUCAUUGGGGACGGGCACAAAUUAUAAGAACUCAUAAUCCCAAUCUAAAUCUAAUCUAAUACACAGAGAUUCCUGGUGGGAAUCUUCUUUCUCUAAUCCACCCUCCAAGAAUCUUUUUCUCUUUAUUCACACUUGGCUGUCAACGCACAGCCGCCGGAGACAUGAUUACCACUGUUGAAGAAUCGACCGGGGAAACUCCGGCCAGGCUUCAGGGGAAACUGAUUGCAACUAUAGUGUGUUGGUUUCUGGGACUGGGUUCUCUUGUGGCUUGGAAUAGCAUGCUUACUAUUGGAGAUUACUAUUACCAGUUAUUUCCUGACUACCAUCCUUCUAGGGUGCUUACCCUGGUUUAUCAACCCUUUGCAAUUGGAGCAAUUGCAAUUCUUGCAUAUAAAGAUCAAAAGGUUAAUACAAGGAUCAGAAAUUUAGUAGGGUUUUCUCUAUUCAGCCUGGCUACUUUUGCACUACUGAUGUUGGAUGUAGCCACAUCGGGGAAGGGUGGAAUCGGACCUUUCUCGGGAAUUUGUGUUCUGGUUGCAUGUUUUGGGGUUGCAGAUGCCCUUGUUCAGGGUGGUGUUGUUGGAGACCUUGCUUUCAUGUUUCUGUUUUUGGCAAUCUCCACGUUCUUUGAAUUCAUAUGCAUCAUUCUCUAUGGAUACAUCUUCCCCAAAAUUCCAAUUGUGAAGUACUAUCGCGCAAAGGCAGCUUCUGAGGGAUCAAAAACUGUUGCUGCAGAUUUAGCUGCAGCUGGCCUCCAGACAAAUUCAGCUGAUGAUGCCAAGCAGGUGGCGAGGCUGACCAACUGGCAGUUGUUCACUCAAAACAUUGAUUAUGCAUUGGACCUCUACCUCAUAUACGUUCUGACUUUAUCGAUCUUCCCUGGAUUUCUAUAUGAGAAUACCGGAGAACACAAUCUUGGAUCAUGGUAUUCGGUUGUUCUGAUUGCUAUGUAUAACAUUUGGGAUUUGGUGUCGAGGUACACUCCCAUGAUCAAGGCAAUUGAGGUGAAAUCCAGAAAGUGGCUAAUGAUAUUGAUAUUGUCGCGUAUCUUGUUGAUCCCGUGCUUCUAUUUCACUGCCAAGUAUGGGGAUCAAGGCUGGAUGAUCUUCCUCGUAUCUUUCCUAGGACUGACGAAUGGCCAUUUGACAGUUUGUGUCCUCACUAAUGCUCCUAAAGGUUACAAGGGACCGGAGGCAAAUGCAUUGGGUAACAUUCUUGUUAUGUCCCUUCUUUGUGGCAUAUUUUCUGGAGUGGCUCUUGACUGGCUCUGGCUCAUUGGCCAUGGCAGUUUCUGAGGAAAAAGUAAACUAUUUUCUUAUUUCAAGUAAAAAGAUUGGGUUCCCCUUAGAUACUUAGAUGUUUAGAAUUUACUCGGGUAAUAAUAAUUAUGCUACCCUAUUUAUCUACUCAGGUGUUUUUUUUUGGCUUCAAGAAACAUGUGUUUUCGUUUAUUUAUGUGAAUAUUUUGCAGAUGGUGGGGGUCCAAAUUAAUGGGAGUAAAUUUU